AUGGACCCAACCACGAAAAUUGUCCAAGACGAUACAACACCAAGAAGCAUCAUUACCGUCAAAGCAGUUCAAAAGGAAAAUAGUAAAUCGAGUGAAUUGGGUAGACCAACCAACUUUCAAGUCCAAGUAGAAAAAGCUGAAAUCAUUGAAAACGACGAGGAGAAAUCUACUAAUGAUACAGAAAAGGCUAAAAUGGUUGAUGCCGAAAUAACACCCGAGACGAACUCCGACGACCAAAGUUUCAGUUCUAAAAACUCCAAAACCGAUAAAAACAGUUUGGAAAAUGCCGAACAUAGCGACACCGAAAAAAAAGGAGAAAAAGACGACAAUAAAGACGACACAAAAGAUGACACGUUAAUUUCUGAAACCCUCCAAAAAAACGAAAAGAAACGAAAACUCCUCAUCACCGUCGAACCAGCUACACCAGAGAAGAAAUCAUCUCAUGACAAAGUUCAUACUCCUUCUACGAAAAAAGACGAAAAAAUCUCAUUUAAAGUACUUUCUAAGACCGACGACGACAUCGACACGAAAGUGAGUGACCACCAACCGCGGUGUAAAUUUGUGUCGCGAGCUUCGAUGGUCAAUUUAGUGACGGGAUGUUCCGAAGAGAAGCAACUGGAUUUAGUCGAUGUCGUCUUAAUUGGCCGCAACGACGUGACAAACUUCGACGAAGUGGUGAGCGGGAAAUUGAUUCUCACCAAUUACAAACUCUUUUUCAAACACCCGUGUGUGUUACUCAACAUCUCGAUUCCCUUAACGCAAAUCGCCAAUUCGAAGAAGGUGAAUUCAAAUGAAAAGGUCCACAAACGCAUUUUUACUAUUGAAACUAAAGACAAUAGAAAAUUUUACUUUUCGUUUAAAGACCAACAAAAAACACGGCGGCAAUUCAAUGACGCGUUAAAGGCUUUGGCCUUCGCAACCGCUUUAGACAAGUUCUUCAUCUUCCAAAGCAAAUUUCCACCGGCAAGAAAAGAGUUUUACACCUUCUUGGAGGAGUUCAAGAGACAAGGAGUCUCUGAGAUGUGGAGAGUUUGUGACAUUAAUACCAAGUACACUACAGUCCCAACAUAUCCCGCGUACAUCUACGUCCCAAAAGACUCAACAAACGCUAUGAUAAUGGAUGCUAUUAAACACAGAAGUAAAGGCAGAUUCCCCGCAUUGACGUGGUUUAAUAAGACGAAUGGAUCUGCUUUAGUCCGCUGUGCACAGCCAUUACCUGGUAUAGUAGCACCAUUAACUGGUAAGAACACGACAGGGGAUGUUGAGUUCUUAAGGUCUGUAUAUGAAGCGACUGGGGAACAAGGGAUUCAUGUCUUAGACUCGCGACCAAAGUUAAAUGCGGUGACGAAUAAGGCAGCUGGUGGUGGGUAUGAGGAUGUAGGGAGUUAUCCGUUCUUAACUUUAGAGUUUGAGAAUAUAGAUAAUAUCCAUGUUGUGAGAGAGUCGUUGACGAAUUUGGCUGUUUCGGUGUUUGAAUAUGAAGAGAACAUCACCGACAAAGUCUUCUUGAAACAACAAUGUGUGAAGCAAUGGUUCUUCUUACAAGAUACGAUCUUUACUUCAGUCAAGAAGGCGUGUAAGUACUUGAAUGAAGGAAGUAGUGUGUUAGUUCAUUGUUCUGAUGGGUGGGAUAGAACAUCCCAAUGUUGUGCUUUAGUGCAAUUACUUGAAGAUCAAUACUUCCGGACAUUAGAAGGGUUUAUAGUCUUAGUCGAGAAAGACUGGAAGAGUUUUGGACAUCGUUUUGCGACACGGACGGGGUUUGGGCAGGUCUGUCCUUAUGGCCAGUAUGCGCCAAUCUUCUUCCAAUUUCUUGAUUGUGUCCACAUCCUCAUCGCUCAAUUCCCAAAUCUGUUUGAGUUCAAUGAACAAUUUUUGAUCGAGUUGAAUGACGCGACGUAUUGUUCCGAUUAUGGGACUUUUAUGUAUGACUGCGAAAGAGAACGUGUUAAGAAUAAUAUAGAAAAGAUCACGCCAUGCUUCUGGGAAUACGUCAUGUCGGCUUCAUGUCGUUUCAUUAAUCCAGCGUAUGACAAAACAUCAAGUGGGAUGAUCGGAUUAACAGACCAACAACCAACUAUGGUGGUCUGGGAAAAGUACUUCACUCGUCAUAAAUUGAAAGAAAGAAAACACUGA